CCUACAGUCAGUGUUCUGGCGGCCUUUUAUAAGUGAUACAGUAAUAUCUACGAGCCGAUAACAUGUACAGUAUAUAUAAUUUAUGCAUUAAUGAGAGUGGUUAGCCCAUUUUCACAUGCUGUUUUACGCAUAUGGCUGAUUUUAUCUUUGAACAACAGAUGGCUGAACGAGACACGUGGAUCAUCAGUAUAUAACUCGUGUAUAAUCGGCUAUAAUUAUACACCUACCAACACAGUACGUGGUCUCGGUAUCAGAAGUUGUAAGGACAAAGGCGACAUGAAGUUUAAGAUCAUGGCUGCUAUGUGCGUGACAAACAGAGGAAUAGGUUUUAAUAAUAGUUUGCCAUGGCCGAAACUCCCAAACGAAUAUCGAUACUUCAUGGAUUUAACAUCCAAGACAUCGUCCCCAGACAGAAAAUGCGUAAACAUACGAGGGCGGGUCACGUGGCAGUGUGCCAGUAAUGAGGGGAAAACACGGGACGUCUUCAAUAUUGUCAUCAGUCGAAAUCCAAGCAAGGACAUUAAGAAUGACAAAUUGAUACACAAAAUAGUCUCCUCCCUUGACGGAGCUCUUCAGUAUGUUGAAACAUCAUUAAAAGACCAGGUUGAAACUAUAUGGAUAUUAGGAGGCCAGUACGUCUAUACCGAUGCUGUCUCCCAUCAGAGCUGUGACCGUCUUUAUCUAACUCAUAUACAAGGGCUCCACACAGCGGAUACAUAUUUCCCUCCGUUUGAAGAUUCAUUCGACGAAGAUAUGUCCGCCGAUUUAGACAGGACUUUGCAGAAAGAAAACAAUGUGACAUAUGAAUUUAAAGUCUAUACUCCCAGACGAUUGAAAAUUUCCUAGGGACUGUACGACAUCAAAGAUUUCUAUCUAUUAAAUAUUAUUGAUAUCGUGGCAAUUAUGGUACAUUUCCAUUUGCUAUAGCCACUAUAUAAUCUUACCAAACAAAAAGAAAACUAUCAUAUCAUAAUUCUUCCAUAACUAUCAUUGGUGUAGUGAUAUGAAGACGAUGUUCGUGACGUCAUCACUGUAUUUGGUGUAUUUUUGACUUCUCGGAAAUUCAUGCAACCGGAUUAAAAACCCCGAUUGAUCAAUGUAACUCGCAACAAUUUAUGUAGUUAUGUUGCAAAAACAUAUGAAUAUCAAAACGAUUCUAUCCAAAGCAAUCCUGAAGUUUUAAUUAAAUAUUAACAGUUGUUUUCCAUCGGCUAUAUUAAACCAAAAAACCUCUCGUUCAUGAAUUCAUUGUUCUGUUUUCAUGUUAAGACAAAAACAUCUCAAAUGAAUAGUGCUGACAAGACAUAUCCUUUGUCAUCAAGAAAUAUGGCUACCUCUAGCUAUACAUGUACGUCUGUUUAGUGUUUUGGAUAAGCACGAUAGGAUGCAGGUACUAGUAUAUAAAUCAUUAUUCUAUACUCCAGUCAUUCUCUGAAUAAAAUAUGUUCUCGUAGAAUGACUUGCACGUUUUCCCUUGGAUCGGAUAUCUAGAUCGCACACCAAAUUGCAAACAAUCAGUAAUGAUGAUGUUUUAUUUUUAUUCAACAAAUGCCUCAAACAUACAUAAAUGUAUGUUAUCGGAUGUAAGUGACAAGGUACCUUAAUUAUUUGGCAUGCUAGAGUAAACGCGCGUAUGAUUG